AUGGCAUUUGCAUCACCUUGGGAAUCCAUGCUGGCUCAGGCUGGCCUUGGUGGCCUUCAGUUUGCUCAAGCCAUACCUGCAUUGCAAGCGAACGCAGUCUUCGCAGCGGCUGGGGGGCCCUUCCAAGACUUGACUCGAAGGCUUGAAAUCUUCAAGCAGAAGGUCGCCGCUCAGGAUGCCUUGCUCCAUUCUGGUGUUAAGGAGCACCUGUCCAUGGCCAUCAAUCGCCUGGAGGUAGCACUCCUUCAGCUGUACAAGUUUGCCGUCUUCAUUCGUGGAGACAUUAACGGUGAUGAUGUACAAAAGAUGGCUAUUCUUGAGCAGUGCUCUCGAUCGUUUGCAGACUGUCAAGCCGCCUCCCAGGCCGGAUUUGAUCAAGUCAAAAGUAUCUACACGCAGGCCACUUCUUUACGCACGGAUGAGCUCCAGCAACUCCAGCGAGAAGUUGAGCGUGCGUUGGAACAAAUAAAGAUGGAAUGGGAGAACAGCCGUCGUCAGACUGAACAAUAUCAACAUGAUAUUGAUAUCUGGCGUCGUCAGCUAGAUGAGGCUACAGAUGCCCUCUCGCGAGCAAACGAAGAAAGAGAAUUCAUGGGUGGGCAGAUGGGAAACCCCUUUGCAUGGCUUGGGCCUGCAAUGGGUGACAUAGGGGGCAACAUGCAGAGGGUCCAAGAAGCUCGAGAGAGAAUAAACACAGCGCAGUACCAGAUCAACAAUGCUCAGCACUCAUUCAUGCAGGCCAUGAAUCAGCAGAACGACCUUAACAUCCAGCGUGCCGCUAGUGAGCAGAUUGUUCAGCAGCUCCCUGUACUCCAGGUCAUGACCGAGGACCUUAACAAGCAAGCUGCAUUGCUCUUGAGCGGAUUUACUGAGCUCAAGGAGAAGUCAACACAAUUGUCACUCCUCAUGAGCGAUAUGAAGAACGGGGCUAAGGAUUCAGAUGCGCAAUCGUGGGAUAAGGAUAGGUUUGCUGAGGGCAUUCUCAGACUUUGCCAGAUGGCACUCAUCGAUGGACGUGUUUGCAAUGAAGUCGAGACCAUCACCAGUGAGAUUUCUAGCGGAUACUCUGGCCAAGAUGUGCCCGAUUGUGUUUCAGCUCUCUUGACUGAAGUUGGACAGGCUGCUAGGGAUGUUGCUCAGAAAUCCAUCACUGGUUAG